GACUCAUACAGAAAGCAGGUGGUUAUCGAUGGCGAGACGUGCCUGUUGGACAUCCUGGACACUGCGGGGCAGGAGGAGUACAGCGCCAUGCGGGACCAGUACAUGCGAACUGGGGAAGGAUUCCUCUGCGUCUUUGCCAUUAACAACAGUAAAUCAUUUGCUGAUAUUAACCUUUACAGAGAGCAGAUCAAGAGAGUGAAAGAUUCGGAUGAUGUGCCAAUGGUGCUAGUUGGGAACAAGUGUGAUUUGCCCACGAGAACAGUAGACACAAAACAGGCUCAAGAAUUAGCAAAAAGCUAUGGAAUCCCCUUCAUAGAGACGUCUGCUAAAACAAGACAGGGCGUGGAAGAUGCUUUUUAUACACUGGUGAGAGAGAUCCGGCAGUACCGGAUGAAAAAGCUCAACAGCAACGAAGAUGGGAAUCAAGGCUGCAUGGGAUUGUCCUGCAUUGUGAUGUGAUAAGAUGCCAAGAACACGUGGUUCAGAUGUAGCUGCUGGACGAGUCUCGAUGCUACUGUAUUGCGUCUCAUGCUGAUGCCCUACAGUAUUUUGGUGCCAGUGACCAGAAUCUUGGUACCACUUAACUAGCACAAGGUCCUUUUCUGUGCUCCAUCUGAAGAGAACAUCUCUGGCAUCUACCUCCUUGCUCAGCUAACGGAGCAGUCGCAUCUCUUGAUGUACUGGGAUUCUUUUCUCACUGUGUUAUCUGGGUUUGUUCAAGAAGAAAACCGGUCACAAGAAUUAAAUGAACUACAGAGACUCAAUGCUGUGAAAAAGAUGACACUUUACCUCUAGAGUAAAAAGCUAGAAGCGAUGUUUGUCCCCUUUCGAUUGGAUUCUGAUUUGCAGCACAGUCAGAGGAGUAGCA